AUCUAACCUGCCGUGACCACACCGAGCCGUUCAUCAGCAUCCAGAAACGCGUUUUUUUCGGCUGCCGUUAUAAAGUCCGUGACGUCAGCGGGGUAGUUGCUUGGCUUUGACGUCAUCAGGCGUUUUAAGGAUUUGGGUGGUUUCCGGACUGGACUAAGUGCUGUGCCCCUCUUUCGUCGUGCUGUGGCCGUAGCUGGUCUCACUGAAGAACUGCCAGUCGAUGGCUCUGAUGGACAAACACAAAGUCAAGCGGCAGAGACUGGACCGCAUCUGUGAAGGCAUUCGACCACCCAUCCUCAAUGGCCCCAUGCACCCUCGUCCUCUGGUGGCGCUGCUGGAUGGGCGGGACUGUACGGUGGAGAUGCCCAUCCUGAAGGACGUGGCCACUGUGGCCUUCUGUGAUGCCCAGUCCACCCAGGAGAUCCACGAGAAGGUCUUAAACGAGGCUGUUGCUGCUUUGCUCUACCACACCAUCACGCUCUCGCGAGACGACCUGGACAAGUUCAAAGGUCUUCGGGUCAUUGUGAGGAUUGGCAGUGGGUUUGACAAUGUUGAUAUAAAAGCUGCAGCAGAGCUGGGUAUAGCAGUGUGUAAUGUGCCAGCCGCGUCUGUGGAGGAGACGGCAGACACCGCCAUGUGUCUAAUUCUGAAUCUGUACCGCCGCGUCACCUGGAUGCAUCAGGCUCUGCGCGAGGGCACCCGUGCCUCCAGCGUGGAGCAGAUCCGGGAGGUGGCCGGAGGCGCAGCACGUAUCCGAGGGGAAACGUUGGGCAUCAUUGGACUGGGUCGUAUUGGCCAAGCAGUUGCUCUGAGGGCGAAGGCCUUUGGGUUUGGAGUGAUUUUCUAUGACCCGUACCUGCCGGAUGGGGUGGAGCGAUCACUAGGGCUCCAGCGCAUGGCGACACUACAGGACCUGCUCAUCCACUCAGACUGUGUGUCGCUACACUGCAGCCUAAAUGAGCACAACCACCACCUCAUCAACGACUUCACCAUCAAACAGAUGCGUCAGGGCGCCUUCCUCGUGAACACGGCACGUGGUGGUCUGGUGGAUGAGAAGGCUCUGGCCCAAGCUCUGAAAGAGGGCAGGAUACGGGGAGCAGCGCUGGACGUCCAUGAGACAGAGCCCUUCAGUUUCUCUCAGGGCCCACUGAAGGACGCCCCAAAUCUUAUCUGUACCCCACACACAUCCUGGUACAGUGAACAGGCCUCGAUUGAGGCCAGAGAGGAGGCGGCGCGGGAGGUGCGCAGAGCCAUCACAGGUCGUAUCCCAGACAGUCUGAAGAACUGCGUGAAUAAGGAGUAUUUGAUGGCAGCCUCUCAGUGGCCGUCUAUGGAGGCCACCACCGUUCACUCUGAACUCAACGGAGCUGCAGCCUAUAGGUUCCCUGCAGGGCUGAUUGGCGUAGCAGCGGGCGGGCUGCCUGGAGCCGGGGCGGGAGUGGAGGGCAUUGUGGCUGGAUCUCUGCCCCUGGCCCACGGCAUCGCCCCGGUCUCUCACCCGCCUCAUACCCCGUCGCCCGGGCAGCCCUCCAAGGCCGAGGCGGACAGAGACAUCCCUUCCGACCAAUAGCGUCCCAGCACAUUCCAUCUUUGCCCUGAUCGAUGCCCUUUCACCUCACCCAGGGGGACUGACGCCCCUGCUUUCGAUGUGACCUUUGGUCACCCCAGUCCAACAGAACAUGUGUACAAACCCAGGAGUGAAACCCUGUACCCCGGACGUACCCCUUAUUUCCACUCGCUGUAUCCUCUGUUGUUUACUUUGGCAGAAAGCAAUAACUUCUCUCAAGGAUUCAAUAAUUGGGUUGAUACACACUAUUUCUAAGCUACGAAAUCCCAGUUCCUUUGCUUUGUUGGAGUUUGUUUCCGAGUAGUGUUUCUUACAUUUCUGUUCUUUUCUUAUCUGUUUUAACAGCGUGGAAAUAAACGCAUGGACCUUG